AUGGAAAGGGCUCGAGUGCCCCCGGUACUCCUGCGAAUUCCGGGGCUUCCACCGAGGCCGGUAAAUGUGAAAAAGCUUCGUUUGUUGGCUCGUCUUUUCCCGUCGGAUGCGUCGAAUGGUGGGAUCUCGUAUAGUCUCGCAUCGAAUCAAAUCACGCUCGAGAAUGCGGCAAAAUCGCACUCGAAAAACGCCUAUGACACGAUUUUUGGGCCCGAAGUCAACCAGGACGAGCUCACCGCAUCGGUUUUACCCGAUCUUUUACAAUCGCUAUUUAACGGAACCGAUUGCUCAUUGCUCACUUUUGGAGGACAUUCAAAAGGUAAAGAGGGUUGUCUGUACGAGAGUGGUCCGCUCAAUCUCGGCCUCUACCAGAGCGCUCUUCAAUGGACAUUUCGACUCGUUGAAGAAUAUAAACAGACAAAACCCGAGUACCGUUUCUCUGUCCGAAUCUCAGCUCUCUAUUUCUCGCAACGGGACAAUGAGCUUAUCGAUUUGUUCAGUCAAUUCAAUAGCGAUCCUCGACGACAUGAAGUAAAAGUAGUUGACGAUCCAUCAACAGGGACUCGAGUGGAAUUUCAAAGUGAACUGCGCGUUGAAUCGGCUGAGCAAGCUUUGUUCUAUCUUUCAACAGCUAUCGAUCAUCGAUUGAUAGAAGACGAGGAUUCCCAUAGAGUACGGCAUCUUUUCUUCACCAUCGUUCUUUACGGAUUCCGAUCGGGUACUGGUGGGAUUGAAGCCGGCGGGAAAAGUCGAUUAGCAAUUGUCGAUUUGGGAAUCGGAGAGCGAAACUCGCAAAAAGGCGAGGUGACAAUGCCAGUGAUUGGGAAUAUGUUAUUAGCGCUUUAUCAAGGACAGAAAUACAUUCCAUCAAAAGAAAACAUUUUGUGUCGCUUGUUGAAGAUUGCAUUGGGACCAUCGAAAAACUCGACACUUUUGUGCACAUUCACCGAGCGAAAUGACGAAAACGAGAAUAUGCUACAGUUGGCGGCGAAAAUCGCACGUGCAAAAAAGAGCUCAAGACGGGUAAAGCCAAUGGGUGAUGGCACUUCUCUAUCGUCUGGUUCGUCGCGAAGAGGUCCUCGAUCAGAGAUCGAAUCAUCCAGUGAAGCUGAGACUGUGAUUUUCAUGGGACCGAUUGCGAAUGGUGGAUCUCCCUCUCGACUGCCUCCCAGGGCCCAAUCAUCGAGUUCAGCCCACUCAGUGGCCACUCUAACAGACAAAGAUCCACGAUCAACUGCUAUCAGUCCAUCUUCCAGUUCGAAUAGACCAUUGACUUCAAUUCCACCGCUGAUGAAGAAUCACACUCCAUUUUUCUCACCGAUCAGUCGUUUGUACGACGAUUUGUGCAGUCCAAGCACCUCCGAUGCGCCCACGCCUUUCUAUGCUGCCAACUUCGACGGUGAUGGUCUCGAGCCUUACGUUUCUCCGGAUCACUCGCCGAGGAGAUCGAAAUCAAGGCAAAGUAUCGACGAGGAAAAGAGAAAAGCGAUUUUGGAUUGGAUGGAUGGACAUGAAGCGGAAACGACUGAUACGGCGAUACAAUGUGGAGAGGGAACAGUGGGGUUAAUUGAUUGGACCGAAACGGAUAGGGAUUCGAAUGGAAGGGAACCCUGGCUACCGCAGAGGCCGCCGUUGGAAGAUAUCAUUGAAAUGGAUGAAGAAUCGAUGAAAAGUUCGAUUCGAUCAUUGAAGAGGUCACAAACAAAUGGCUAUAUCAGUCGAGGAGAGCGGGAUCGAGAGGCUUUAGCUCAACGAGAUCCCAUCGAUCAUCCAUUGUCGAUUCUGAGUCGAGACGGGCUGAAUAAGGUCUCGUCGACGAAUGACGAACCUUUCAAGCAGGAAGACGGAGAAGAUGAGGAUCUCGAGCGGAUGAUGGCUGCAUCGGUGAACUCAAUGAGAAGCCACGAGAUCUUGAGCAAAGUGGUGGCCGAGUUGCAACAACAGCGGGACUCUUGUCAAACGGGAUCAGCGACGGGGACUGCAAGUGAAAUGGACUUGUACCGACGGGCGAGUCAGCUGGAGGGCUAUGCUGCUGAGAGGAUAAAGCAACUCGACGACGAACGAAAGAAAAAGAAACAGAAAAUGUUGUUGAAUUGUUGCCAACAACAAUCGAUGACCUCAUCAAGCAGCACUGUCAAUAAUUGGGAACAAUUGGAGAAGAAACGGGAAAAGGAAGAGGAGAAACGACGAAAGGAAGAGUUGCGAAGGAAAAGGGAUCAGCUGAAAGCCGAAGAACAAGAGCUGCGUCGUCAACGGGAGGAAAUUACGCGAUGUCUUGACGAUCAUCCACCACUUAUCCCACCAAUCGCGCAAUCGAUUGCUCGACAAAUCACCCAACAACUGCAUCGGUUUAACAUUGGAACCAGUCCGCAUCGUGUCCCUCAUGCACUUCGUCCUUCCGAUUCACUUCCAUCCACUCCGUCGAUUUCUCACCGAAAAUUGCCCGCCUCGCACAUUCCAAGAGCACCCUCACUCAGCAAUAUUGACUCUAAGGAAUCGUCAAUCAGAGAGAACGGCCGGAUCACAUCGCAAAACGGGAAACCCCUGUGCUUUCAACCGUUGGCCCCAAAGACGACGAACACUCAAAUGCGGCAUCCAUCUUUCCGAAAGGACAGCAGAGAGUCGAGGAAAUCAAGCAGCAAGACGCGUUCAAGAGAAAGACGAGGAGGAAGCGAUUCUCAAAAGGAGGAGAUCAGUCUACGCUCGCCGUACGCAAAAGUCACUGAAGCCAAGAAGGAAUCGGGUUGUGGCUCGUCGGGGCGGGGAUCCGAUGAUAACGCGAGUGGAAUCGCAUCACAUCAACUCAAAAGAUCGACUAGUUAUAGGAAUCGAAAUCGAGACAGCUAUUCGGCUAGUUCGGGCUAUGAAAGUGCCGCCGACUAUCAUCGUUUCAAUGGGAUGGAUCGGUUGAGGAUGUUGCCAAAGAGAUCCACCUCAGCUGUGCGCGAAAUUGAACAACUCAAAGAGGUGCAACGGCGCUUGCGAAAAGAAUUGACAGCCGCGCACGAUCGUUUGGGGCAGCCAAGUAACGAUUUAUGGACGAGGGAUCACGAUUUGAGCCUAGCUUCACCCCAAACCAUCGUUGACACUUUGAAACAGGAAAAUCGAAUCCUCGAGAAGAGACUGCUCGCUUGUCAGAAUCAUUGUAUGCUGGUUACCGCAUUUGUG